AUGUCGGGCAUCUCCUAUCUUGGGUACUGUUGGGAGGUUGCCCGAAGCCAUAAACAUAUUCACUCCCGCCGACUCCACGAGGCUCACGAGGAGCAUCCUGUCGUGCGGGUUGGUCCCAAUUGGCUUUCAUUCGGGAAAGCACAAGCCGCCAAAGACAUUUACGGCUACACGUCAUCCUGCUCGAAAGCGGCCAUAUACGACUCACUUUCGGGCGGCGGCAGGCAUUUAGUUAAUAUCAGCGACAAGAGUAAACAUUCAGCACGCCGCCGCAUGGUUGCCGCUGCCUACGCUCCCCGCCACAGCGAGAAGUGGGAGAAGAGUAUUGUGGAGUCCAUGGCUCAUCUGCUGACGCAGAUGGACCGUCGUUGUACAAGCCCACUAAAGCAUGGUCAAGAGGUGGACCCAAACGAGCUGAGUUUUGAGGCGAUGCACUGGAGUAACCUCUUCACAUUUGAAGUGGUCAUCAAGAUAGGGAUGAGCAAGGAUAUGCGAUGGCUCGAGGCAGGCAAUGACUUGGUCGAGAUUGCCAACGCGGAUGGAAUAACCAAGAAAAUCAGCGCUGUGCAGUGUCUCCAUGCCGGGUCGAGGGCGGCAGCAGUGUUGGUCUGGGAUACGCAGAGGUUCCGGUUGUAUCAGAGUAUAGCCAAGAGACUGUCGACGAAAUACGCCAAGCAUUUGGAACAAGCCACCGACUGGAGAAAGGCAGUUACUGAAAUUACCCGAGAAAGAAUGGAGAGAUUCAAGAAUGGUGAAGUUCUAGAUGAUCUGUUUCAGCCGAUGAUGGUCGGGAGGAGAGGCGACGAUCCAGACAUCAAUGACCAAGACCGAAUUGCCGAAGUUGACCAGAUGAUCAAUGGUGGUGGAGAUGGUCCCGCCAUCUCCCUUUGUAGUACACUCUAUUAUCUCGUCAAAAACCCAGUAACACUGGGCAGACUGCGCGAGGAGAUCGACAACGCGCUCAGUCCUUCCGACCAUAUUGCUCCUUGGUCGAAAGUCAGGAGUCUUGAGUAUCUCAAAGCCUGCAUCGAUGAAUCAAUGCGACUAUCGCCACCCGUAGCUACUGAUCUUCUCCGCAAGACGCCGCCUGAAGGCCUCAAAGUUGACACUGAGAUGGUGCCUAGGAACACGACCGUCUCCAUCUCAGCGUAUUCUGCGCAUCGCGACCCGGACCUUUUUGAAGACCCCGAGUCGUUCCGGCCAGAGAGAUGGCUAAUCAGGGGUGAAGAUAAGCUCAAGGAAAUGCGUGCUGUCUUCAUCCCGUUCAGCUUGGGUACAAGGGCAUGCAUUGGUAGGAACAUCACCAUCGUGGUGCAAACGGUUUUUUUGGCUACCCUGGUCAAGAGAUACGAAUUCGCGCUGCCUGGUCCGAACUGGGAGAUGGAAUUCGAGGAAUAUUUCAAUUUGUGGCCUGUCAAGUUGCCGCUCAAAGUUUGGAGAAGGGAUGUGGUGUAG